AUGGCUGUCCCGGCUCGGACCUACCUCGCCUUUCAUCAUGCGGCAAAACUGUUGCGGCUCAAAACGACGGUGCUGUCCAUCUGUCCAUUCUCGGCGCUCGAAGAAGCCAAUCGAGCGCUCUUUAAGCAGGCCAAUGCGGACGAAGAUCAUGUUGUCGUGACCAGAGAGACCAUCUUCCACCCUCAAGGUGGUGGCCAGCCAUCAGACGAAGGGACAAUGGCAGCAAUCGACAGCAAAGUUGACGGCCAUGACCCUCUUUUCCAAGUCAGGGCGGCGCGGAUGGAUGCCGUACACGAUGGCCAGGUGUUGCAUCUAGGCCGCUUCGCUGCUGGCUCCGGACCGACGAUGAUGCAGCCUGGUGCUAUCGUCGAGCAGCUAGUCGACGAAGAGAAGCGGCUUCUUUACUCUCGUUUGCACACCGCAGGCCACGUCCUUGGCUCCGCCGUGCGAAGCCUACUCGAGGACGAGAUCCCGGGCUUCGACGAGCUCAAAGCGUCUCAUUCUCCUGACAGCGCAUCGUGCGAGUUUCGUGGCAGCAUCGAAGGCAAGUGGAAGGAGCCAAUUCAGAGUCGGGUUGACGAGUACCUUGCCCGCGCCAUGCCGGUUGAGAUUGACUUUUGGACCGAGGAAGACUUUCGAAACGCUGGUCUUGAGCGACUGAUUCCAGAUCGCAGACUUUUGCCGCCUGGAGAGAACCGCUUCCGCGUUGUCCGUAUCGUCGGCGCCGAAGUGUACCCCUGCGGGGGAACACACGUUGACACAACUGACAAGUGCGGUCCGACAAUCGUAAAGAAGAUUUCGAGGACAAAGGGCACAAGCCGAGUGAGCUAUACUGUUUCCUAG